AUCACAGCCGUGAACGGCUACGUAAUGCACAUCAUCGAGGCAGCCACGAACAGGGGCAGAUUCUCGCUGUCGCGUAUCAUGUCCCACACUGACACCGAAGCGGUCAUCCUCCGCGUCUUCGAAGACGCGAUGGACACGCUCACUAAGGAGGCCCAUCGCGCAGUGCUCGAAGCCUUUGCCAGCGCUGCAAACCUCGAGCGGCUCGAGGAGCGCCUGAUCACCAUCCACGAGAUCCGCACCUGGAGGACAUUGCGCUGAAUCAUAUGCACGCGGAGCUGCUCUCCGAGCUGCGGACGAUCCUUGGCGGGAACGGCAGCGCACGCCGCAAGAGCGAGAUGGACCUCACGGUUCUGAAGGAGAUUGGCCACUACUGCAACGAGGCCCUCAAGCAUGUCCUCUCUACGCGCGACGUGCUCCAGGCGGUGGCGGCGGACACGGAGGAGCUCAGAGACCGCGCGGCCGCGCCGGCGAUUGUGGGCGAUCGCGUACCUUCGGCGGUGUUGGUUCGGAGCAUUGGUGACGGGAUUGAGAGAUUGAAAGAGGGGCGCCAGAGUGCAGCUGAAGGCGGAAGGUCUGGAUCAUGCCGCGUAGUAAGGGAACUGUAUCAGCAGCAGCAGAAGCGGCGGCGAGCUCCCCCGGCUACCUUGAACCUUUCCUUCGUUCCGUCUAUGACUGCCCGGCAUUGUGUUUGCCGUAUCUCCAGUGUGGAGCAUUGUGACAGCCCGACCUCACCAUAGCAUCGUGUUCUGUUGUAUUCAACCAGGAACGCGAUGCAUUGACGGCACGUCGCAGUGAGCUCGAGUUCCGCGAGAAUGCGGUG